AUGGGCAAAUCUCCAGCUUCGAAGGCUACCUCGGCUAAUGCAAAAAAGCUGGGUGUGGCUAAGUCCAAGGCUUCCUCUGUAGGAAAAAAAGCGAUGAAAAAACGACUGGAAAUUGAUUUGGAACAGCCCAAAGACAGAGAUCCUGUCAAUUCCAAUGAUGUUGACAUCAAGCAAAUUGCCGAUGAUCAAGACGCUCUACGAACGGCCGACGAAUUCGAGGCACAACGAAUCGCCGAGCGAGAGUCGCGGCGAAGAGAGGACUACAAUAAACUGGUCCCUAAAUUAUCUGAGUGGUGGUCAAAGAAAUUGUACUGCGGUGAAGCAGUCAAUCAAGCGAUGCAAAGAAUGGAUCGCAUUCAAACCGGCAACGCCUUAUUUGCAGCCUGGGAUGAUCGAUAUCCAGGCGCUUGGAAUCAACCUUGUUUGCGAUUUGAUGCCCUGUUCAACAACUAUGCCGGCACAUCAACAUGCAACGAUCGAUUUCUUCAGAUUUUUACUUAUCUCAACUCUGAUAACGCCCAACUGGCUCAAUAUCUCAUCUCCUCUUUUGAUCUCUACACAAUCGAGGAUACAGCAGCCGAAGACGUCUGGUCACUGCGAGUUCUUGCAAUGCAAAUUUCAUUGCAGAACCCUUUCUCGUUCUUUGAUAUUGACGAAUUUGAGAAAAACCAGAACAACAAUCAAUUCUUUGAAGGGGACAAGUCGGAUCCUCGCCUUCGUCUGGAAAAUCCGCUUGUUGGCUUUUGGUUGAUUUGUUCUGAAAUGUUUGAUUAUCCAUGGGCAACAACCUUUGACGACAACUACUAUAACAAGCCGUCUUCGUCAAUCAUUCGUGGCAUCAAACAAAAACGAUUGGCACCUUUUCAGUCCUUUUUCCGACCAGAAAGUUCAAAUCAUCAUAUUCAACAUGCAAUCCAGAAGAUCAGUGAUCCAGUGAAUGACCAUUUGGACAAGGCGGAGGCACUGGCGGAUGAAGACGGAUCGAGUGGGGGAAAUGCUGACAAUGCCGAGGCUGCGGACGACAAUGCCACUACUAUUGACGGUGAUGCCUACCAACAACCAAAUCAGGACGACAAUGACGAUGAAAUACUACUGACGGCGGUCCGAAACAUCCCAAGACGCCCACCACUUUCUUCAGAUGAUGAGGACGACGGAGAUGAGGAUGAUGAUGAUAAUGAGAAUGAUGAUGCGGUGACCAAUGGUGAGGUGGUUCAGACAGAAUCUGUAGAAGCACUGGUGAGGUCAGAAGACGACAACAUGGCGGUUGACAACUUGACAAGCCCAACUCAGGUCUCUCAGGACAGCUCUUCAUUGAUCCAUACACCUCCACCUACACGUCGCCUCGCUCCACCGCCCACUCUUGCUGAGAAACUUAACAAAUUAAUUCAAGUUAACUUGGAUGGGAUGACCUGCAGAUGUCAUAUUUUUGAGACCACAUUUGCGACAAAUUUCUCGGGAUCGGACUCCGGCACGGUUGCUGAGGCCAUUUUAUCUGCGGUGCUGACAUCCAUGGAGGAAGCUUUGAACAACUCCUUUCACGAGUUGAAGAUCCUUCCUAUCUCCGACGACACUUAUAAACAACAGAACCGGUGGAUUCGGAACUCGGUUGAGUUACGCAACAAAAUUUCGUCCUACCGGGCCCUGAGUCUUUACUGCGAUAUGGAAUAUGGGAAUUCUCCUUAUGCAGCAACCAACAGCAAGCCUGGCGAGAAGAAACUACGUACCCGAAUGCGGGUCGGCUUUGCAAGGGACACGUCGGAAGAGGCGGUACAGGACUAUCUUCACACUGGUCUCCGUUCCCAGGGUCGCGGUGCCGGAUGUUACCCGUCGCCGCUUCAAUAUGGGGACAUUGUUAAAGUGGGUUGCUUUGCCUUUAUCCCGCCGGAGGUCAAUUUUGACGCCUAUGCGAAAGAAAUCAUGCGUCACUUUGACUUCUCUAUCCCUAUUGGCAUCAAGAUGGACUGGGUUUCUACACCUUACACAGGACGUGCUAAAUUCAACGAACGUUCCCCUGGCGUAACAAGUCCCCAUGGGUACGCUCGCAAGAUUCAUGCCAAAAGAGUCGAUCAAGAAUUAAGAAGCCUUCUUAAUCCAUCCACAGCAAAGCCAGACUUCCCCUUCGCUGCUCCGGCUACAUUUAUCAGUGAUUGGAAGUCUGCUCAACAGGGCUUGAUCAGUGUGAAGGCCUAUGGUCCGGUUAAGGAUGCUACCCUCACCCUUAUUAGCAAACUACAUGAUUACUACAUCCUGACAGAGGUCCUGUAUUCGGUCAUGGAUCUGCCCGGGAUGUUCAAGUUCGCAACUACUACUACGUUUGGCUCAUGCACCUUGUUUAAGCUUCUCCUGUCGAUCAAGGCAACCUCAGCUCAAGCCAACAAAGCUUCUCAUGUCCAUCAAUCAACAACUGAGACUGAUGACUCAGACGAUGACUCAGACAAUGACUCUUCUGACGACGAUCCCAAUGAAUCCUCUGGCUCUAAAGGCGGUCAAUUCACAGGAGUUCGGUCUAAGAAGGCGGCAACAAAGGUGAAAAAGAAGGCAAAGAAGAAGAAGAAGUUGAUCACAGAUAAUGAGAAUCCGUUCCUUAACGAUCUCUCCCCAGCCCAACGGAAAAUGGCUGAGGUUGCUGACCGUAAGCUGAAGAAUGAUCAGGAGCGUCACAAGUCCGGCCCGCUGUUCUUGAUGGUUCUACCCGGCGAGAUGGAAGGCACCUACAUCCUGGACAUUAUAUCACCGGUUCUCCAGGUGUGCUUACCUAAGUCAGGUGUUUGCCGCAACUUCCCCCGUUCGGUGGUCUUUGCCCCGGUGGAUUAUCAAGGCCUUGGUGUUCCUCAUCCCUUUGGCAAGCAAGUGUACAAACACUUGGAGAUGAUCCUGCGCCAUAUGUUGGGGGGUACAAAGACUGGAGCCUACUUGGACGCCAAUCUCCAGGCUCACCAACUGGAAACUGGUACCUCCUUUGGUCUUCUACAGCAAGAUUACCAGAAUACAUCCAUUCUGGCUUCUGAUACCUGGCUUAAACGGGUAUGGAAGGAACUUGAAUCUCUGGAUAUGUACAUGGCCUUUGACUCUCCGGCCCUAUCUUUAAGGUGUCAUCAUGACGCCCUCCUGAUUGACUUGUUCAUGGAUCUUGAGGUUGAUCAGGACGACCUUCUCUGGCUUAACUGGUGCCGGAUGUUCCUGCA